UUGAACCUAGUUCAAUUCGACAUUUCUAUUUUUCUCCUCAAUUCCACCAUACUAAUUCGAUAUCAUUUACUUCAUUUUAUACCUCUCCCCCGGCAGGGUCAUAUAAAUAGUCACCAAAGCCUUAGCAAGUAACACCUAUAAGACACAAGGCAACAUAAGAGCUAUGGGGAAAAUACAGACACCAAUAACCGUCAGAGGGCGUUACUUCUAUGUCGGCGACGACCGUUUCCUCAUAAACGGAGUCGUGUACCAACAGCGUGCCUACAGACCAGGUCGGAUAUCUGACGAUCCAUUAUCCGACGAUGGGCUCCUCGAAUUAGAACUUAGUAUCCCCUUCAUGAAAGUACUAGGAAUCAAUACAAUAUACAUUCCUUUUGUCGAACUCAACAAAAACCACGAUGCUGCCAUGAAAAUGCUAGCUGAAGCUGGCAUAUAUGUGAUACUAUGCAUCGGUCACCGAAAUGAAACAAGUGACGCGAGGAACAGAAACCCCCUUCGUUGGUACAACAGGGAAAAUAUUUUUUAUUUCUUACGAGUUGCCGAGAUGAUGGCGAAGUACAUCAACAUCCUAGGAUAUGUCGUCCCCCAUUGUCACGACGGCCAUUUCACCGAAUCUGCCGUGGCCGUUGUUACCCGCGCCAUCGUACGCGAUAUCAAACGCUACACAAGACUGCUAACUGAGAAGACGGGCAUGAGGACCAUUCCAGUGGGUAUAAUGGUUAGAGAAGUUCAAACUAUAAACCCUACGGUGGAGCCGAAGUUUCAGUAUUAUUGUUCGGGAGACGUGUCAGAGACCGUCGACUUCUUCUCGUUUGAAGACUUCGACUGGGUUGAAAAGUCAUACAAAAAGGUCGAUGUUGGCGUUGCUAAGCUUAUUAAAAUGUUCGGCAAAACACACGUCCCAGUAUUCUUUGCCGGAUAUGGCACCAAACCAGAAGCCGCCGACGCUCGUUGCAUUGCCGAAACAAAUGCCUUAUACUCCAACCCUGAUAUGUUACGUGUGUUCUCUGGUGGCAUCGCAUGCGACUUCUUCAAAGAGGUUGGGGCACUACGGGGCUUGGUCACUCAAGAAAAAGAUUGGGAACACGGCGGUAUCUUACUGGAAUCAACCACGGAUUACAAGCGUCUAUGGAGAAGCCUACAGCUUCAUUACUUGGAUCAGCCACCUCCGAAGGUGCUCCCAGGCUCGGCUUCCAACAUGUGCCGGCCGGAUCCGCCGAAAGAAGGUGACUACUGUCUACCCAAAUUGCUUCCGAAGACUCUGGUAAACUGGGACAUGAUCGAGCAGAAUCUCGACGACAGCGAGUGGAUUGACGUCAAUCAGGAUGUUAUUGACCAAAGUAUUGACGAUGUUAUAUCCUCGAUAUGGGAGAGUUUGAACAUCGAAGACAUUGAGCCCUGAAUAAUCGGUGAUACUGGGGACGUGAAGGUGUAAAACCAUAUGAAAAUGGAGUAUAGCAUUAGUCUAGCGAUUUCUCUAGCAUAGCAGCGCUUAUAGCUUACCUACCUAGGUAGAUAUUUAGCUUCCAACUGCACAAAAGCAUGAAGGCAUAAUA